AUGGGGUGGGGUUCUGAUUUGGGCUCGGCAGAGAGGGGACAGAGUGGAGCUCAAACCGGAGAUUGGUGGUGGACUGUGGGAGUAAUCUUCGAACCUCAAUAUGGAUAUUGUCGGAGGAUGUUAACGAAGGUGAAUGCGUUAAUAACAACAAUUGAUGAUGUGUACGAUGUUUAUGGCACCUUGGAUGAACUUAAGCUCUUUACUAACGCUGUGGAAAGAUGGGACAUUAAUGCAAUGGAGCAGCUUCCAGAGUACAUGCAAAUAUGCUUCCUUGCCCUCUACAACUCCAUUAAUGAAAUGGCUGAUGAUGCUCUUAAAGAACAAGGCGUUCACGUCAUUCCCUACCUAAGAAAGGCGGAUGAGAUGAAAAGAGGGGAUGUGCCUAAAUCAAUUCAACGUUACAUGAAUCAGACUGGGGCUUCCAAAGAAGAAGCUCGCAAACACAUAAGAUUCUUGAUCAGAGAGACACGGAAGAAAAUGAAUGUAGCUCGAGUUGCAGACUCACCUUUCUCUCAAACUUUCAUUGGAAUGGCAGUGAACCUCGGCAUGAUGGACCAGUGCAUGUACCAACAUGGAGAUGGGCAUGUUUCUCAAAGUAGCGUGACCAAGGAUCGCAUAUUAGCAUUGCUUGUUGAGCCUAUUACUCUUCUAUAA